GAACAGGGCUGAAGAUUUCACUCAGCACAUCUGCCUCGUACAAGCAGCUGGAGCCGAGAUCUGGUGACACUGCAGCCUGCUGCAACACCUCUGAUCGAACCGGGGCAUUGAUCUCUUUAUGGGACCGAUUAUUUCCUCCGGACAGAAUCUGUGGCUUUAGAAGAACUGAGCAUCACAGAUGAGAGGAACAGAAAUGCUUUGUCUACGUGACUCAGGCGACUGCUUACGGGAGCAGAUGCAGUAUAUGAUGAGGUCACUGCAAGACCUGAAACAGCUGCGGAAAACCUGCCCUGCGGCCAGAUGCCCCCUUGCUCCCAUCAGCAACCAACUCCCAGCCUUAGUGCGCCACUCUGCAGUGGCACGUGCUUGUCAGCAGCGAGCAUUGCAGCGAGAACAGCGCACACGGCUCCGGAUGUCUGAUGCCAGCACGGCCAGUACCUACGACUCUGCCUGUUGCCUGGCGAGUCCUCUGGAGGAGGAGGAAGACGACUCAAGCAAUCGUUUGGGCCUGAACCUCAGACUGGGCCUGGGCUCUCCCAGCAGUCAGAAGAGUUUGGAGUUUGAUUCAGGCUACUCUGAGGCAUCUUGGCAGGAUGAUGGGGUGGUGCUCAGGAGGACAAGGAAUGUGCGGGUGUCAUCUUCAGCCUGCCUCCGCACAAACAAGGCACCAAGCGGACGUAUUCGACCCAAAUCCACCUCUGACGCCUGUCUAGAGAGAUGGACGUCGUUUGAGGUCAGCGACCCAGAGGACUGGACAAACUCUUUAUUGACCAGAGGACGCAACCGCCAACCUCUGGUUCUGGGUGACAACAGCUUUGCUGACCUCAUACAGAACUGGAUGGACUUGCCAGAUUGCCCUGAGCCUGUUGAGCUGAAGCCAAAUUCGAGACAAAGACUGGGAAGAGGCUUCUUUGUCAACAUGAGAAGGAGACUAGCUGGGUUUUCUAAGAGUGUAGGGGACAGAGUGAGGAUGAGAUCCAUAGACUCUGCUCAUAUUAACAGAGCUGCCAAUGCUUCAAAACGUCUGUCCUGUCCCGUUGUGGCAGCGCAGUCUAAAGUCCCCUUUUUCCACCAGUCCCACUCAGGCAUUAAUGAGAUGGACACAGACUUCUACCACUUUGCAGCCCUCAUGAAAUCAGGCAGCCGGCAGCCGAUUAUCUGCAAAGAUAUCAUUGGCUACAUCUGACGCACCAGUUCCCAUGUAAAACCAUGUACAAACCGGACAAUCCUCAGAGUCACUUUAUUUUUAUAUGACUGUUAAUUCACUUUUUAUAUGCUCUGACUUGCCACUGAAAUAAAGACAUUCUCAUAAU